UCUAACUUGUGAAAACCUUCCACAUAGAUCUCCUCAUCACCUUAAUGGCCUCCGAGCUCUCUGUGAUUCUCCCUCGCGUUCUCAUCGUCUCUAGACGCAGCCUUCGCAAGAACAAGUUCGUAGAUUUUGUGGGUGAAUACCAUCUUGAUCUUAUAGUAGGCUAUGGUGCAGUACCGGUGAUUGUUCCCCGUGUUAAUGGGGUUCAUAUGUUAUUAGAUAGCUUUGAGCCCAUCCAUGGCGUUCUUCUCUGUGAAGGAGAGGACAUUGAUCCGUCUCUAUAUGAGGAGGAAUCCUCUGCUCUUCCCCCAGAAGAGCUGGAAGAAAUCAAGAGGCUUCAUUCCAGCGAUACUGCUAUUGAUAAAGAAAAGGAUACGAUCGAGUUGAGGCUUGCAAAGCUUUGCCUGGAAAGGAACAUCCCCUACUUGGGAAUCUGCAGGGGUUCCCAGGUACUAAAUGUUGCAUGUGGGGGUACCCUUUUCCAAGACAUAGAGAAAGAAGUAUCAAAGAAUUGCCCAGAAGGGCAGAGAGUGAAGCACAUUGAUUAUGAUAAUUAUGAUGGGCAUAGGCAUGUGGUUAAGGUGGUGGAGAACACCCCCUUGAACCAAUGGUUCAAGGAUUCUUUGGAGGAAGGGAAAAUGGAGAUUUCAGUUAAUAGUUAUCAUCACCAAGGGAUUAAGAGAUUGGCCCAGCGCUUUGUACCAAUGGCAUUUGCGCCUGAUGGUCUAAUUGAAGGGUUUUAUGACCCGGAUGCUUAUAAUCCUGAAGAGGGUAAAUUUAUUAUGGGACUCCAGUUUCAUCCUGAGAGAAUGAGGUGGUCGGAUUCUGAACAAUUUGAUUAUCCAGGAUGUCCAUCUGCUUACCAGGAAUUUGUGAAGGCGGUUAUUGCUUACCAGAAAAAGGUUAACAUCACAACAUCAGUGCCAAAGCACCAAAAGCUCGAUCAAGAAAUGUUGGAGAAGAAAAGGAAAAGUAUCGUUCGUAGUUUCUCAAUUGCAAGGAAUAUAUACACAACUGGCCGUGAGAUGGCUCCCUGGAAAGAAUCUGAACUCGAAGCUGGAGCAGAAUUUCUUGAGUCAAACACAGCAAUGAGUUUGCAACAAGAGAAUAGGUUGAAGCAGAUGGGUGCAACAGUGAGGAAUGCAGGCUCCUACAUAGAGAGAUUGAAGUUGAAUGGGGAGAAAGAAAAGAUGGCAAGGAGUGUGAUGGUGAAAAUGUCGGUAGAACAGUUGUCUGAUAUGAUGUCUUUCUACCACAUGAUGAGGCAGAUAUGUUCAGAAGUGUUGGAAAGGAAGCUAAAUGGCAUUGUCAAUGACGUUCCUUCUUGAGCUUUUUCCCUUUCCCCUGCUUUUUGGGUGUCUUUCCAUGUUAAAAGGGUGAUCCACUCUUUUUGGGAAUCAUAUGAAUAUUAUUGGUGUACCUAUGGACUUGUACUUGCCUCUCGUUUCUUUCUAUAAAAGAGAAAAAUAUGUUUGUUUU